GCAGGGACUGAUCUGGGGGUUGGGCCAGGGCUGAUCCCAGGAAGGAAGGCCACCCUCCAGAACAAGCCUAGAGAAGGGGACACUUUAAGAGGUGCCUGAGAGAGGAGAGCAAAGAAGAGAUAGUCUAGGCCACGUAUCUGCAGUUCUGCCCCUGGGAAGGUGUCUUCUGCAACCCGCCAUGUUCCGGGGAGGAUAAUGGUCUACUCAGGCUUCAGUGCUUAGAGAAGCCGCCUUCACAGCCAGCCUGGAGAGGAAGAGAGAGACAUGGAAGCAGAUCAGGGCAUGGCUCAGGCGGGUGGGGUCCCCUCUCCUGGGGCUGCCCCAGACCAGCCCUACGUGUUCAAGCUGGUCCUCUUGGGAAGUGGCUCCGUGGGCAAGUCCAGCUUGGCUCUCCGGUACGUGAAGAAUGACUUCAAGAGCAUCCUGCCCACUGUGGGAUGUGCGUUCUUCACCAAGGUGGUGGACUUGGGGGCCGUGUCUCUGAAGUUUGAGAUCUGGGACACGGCUGGCCAGGAGAAGUACCACAGCAUCUGCCACUUGUACUUCAGGGGGGCCAACGCGGCGGUUUUGGUGUAUGACAUCACCAGGAAGGAUUCCUUCUUCAAGGCUCAGCAGUGGCUGAAGGACCUGGAGAGGGAGUCCCCCCCAGGGGAGGUGGUGGUGAUGCUGGUCGGGAACAAGACGGACCUCGGCGAGCAGCGGGAGGUGACAUUCCAGGAAGGGAAGGAGUUUGCGGAGAGCAAGAGGUUGCUGUUCAUGGAGGCCUCGGCCAAACUAAACCAGCAGGUGAACGAGGUCUUCAGCACUGUAGCCUGGGAACUCCUGCGGAGAGAAGAGAGGAAGGAGGGCCGGCCGCAGCGGGGAGAUGCGGGGCUGGCUCUGAGUGGGGCGCCUGCCGGGCCUGCCAGAUGCUGUGCCCGCUAACAGCAGCCACGCCAGGAGGGGCCUGGGAGGACCCCCACCCCGGGCCCCGCUGCUCCUCAGGGGGAGACGCUGCCUCCGCCACGGACUCCGAGUCACCAUCCAGCGGGCUUGCUCCCCCAGUCCUACAGGUUCUGGAAGCUGCACCCCUGCAUGUUCCCAUGUUCCAAAGCCGGCAGGAAUCAUUCAGGAGGGGAUCCGGGGCCAAAGGGCUUCUAGGGCUGAUACAGGAAAUGUUCACCUUUGUGUUUGUGGGCCCUGCCCCUGGGUUCUCAGGGACGCUGCAGUUUAGUAUUUACCAGGGUCAAAGUGACUCGGCCAAACCUCUUCAAAGCAUGGGCUCUGUUUCUGCCCCGAGCAUACACUGUACGUCGGCUUCAUGGAAAAAACUCACAAGGAGCAUUCCAAACAGAAUAAGAAAAAGAAAAACACCUCCCUGGUUCCUGUGAGAUUAAAGUCAUAUAACCCGGCACACGCUAGACACAUAAGAUAAAAAUCUGUAACUUUCUGGAAUGUCCUUCAUGGCGAUGAUUUGUAACUCUGUGCAAAAGACGUACAUGUUCCUUC